CUUGAACUCUUUUUUUUGGUUUAAUCACUUCCGAUCAUGGGUAAAAAGGGCCGUGAUAAGAAAUCGUCCAAGGGACGUUUGGAUAAGUACUAUCAUUUGGCCAAGGAACAAGGUUAUCGUGCACGUUCCGCGUUCAAACUUAUCCAACUCAACAAGAAAUAUGAAUUUCUCGAACGAGCUCGAGUAUUAAUUGAUUUGUGUGCUGCCCCUGGUGGUUGGCUUCAAGUCGCCACAAAGUACAUGCCAACGUCCAGUAUGAUUAUUGGUGUCGAUCUUGCACCAAUCAAACCGAUACCCAACGUCAUUACGUUCCAAGACGACAUUACCACUGACAAGUGCCGAACACACCUUCGCCAAGAAAUGAAGACAUGGAAAGCCGAUGUUGUACUUCACGACGGUGCUCCUAACGUCGGUGCUGCUUGGGCUCAGGAUGCUUACUCCCAAGUUGAAUUGGUACUUAUGUCAUUAAAGCUGGCUACAGAUUUUCUGUGCAAAGGCGGUACAUUCGUCACCAAGGUUUUCAGAUCCAAAGAUUACAACAAGCUGAUGUGGGUGUUCCAACAAUUGUUCGCCAAAGUGGAAGCUACCAAGCCCCCAUCGUCUCGUAAUGUCUCUGCCGAAAUUUUCGUUGUGUGUCGCGAUUACCUUGCACCUAAAAAGAUUGAUCCUCGCUUCCUUGACUCAAAGACCGUGUUUGAAGAACUGGAUGCUGGCGAGCCGGCUAAAGUUAGCGAUAUUUUUAGACCUGAGAAAGCGAAACGUCAACGUGAAGGUUAUGAGGAAGGAAAUUAUACUUUGCACAAGAAGAUUGAUGUCAUGGAGUUCAUAACAGCACAGGACCCUGUUGUAUUUUUGGGCACAUAUAACCAAAUGGUGUUUGAGUCUGACGAGUCAAGAAAACUCUUGAAGAAGAGUAUCACGACAGAAGAUAUCAAGGUGAACUGCGAGGAUUUGAAAGUAUUGGGCAAACGUGAUUUCAAGACGUUGCUCAAAUGGCGCUCUGAUCUGCGUGAAGAGUUUAAGCUUGAUGCAAAGGAGAAGGUUCAAGAAGUUGUUGUCGAGGAAGAACCGUUGGACGAAGACGAACAGUUGCAGGCCGAAUUGGAAAAUCUUACAAAAGAAGAAGCCGCUAAACGCAAACGUGCCAAGCGUAAGGCCAACGAGAAAAAGAUGAAAGACAUUCACCGCAUGCAACUCAACAUGACCGCACCUACCGACAUUGGUAUCGAUCAAAUGGGCGUUGAUGGCGAAUCAUUGUUCAGCAUCAAAAAGAUCGACAAGGAAACAGCUUUGACGCGCCUUCAAAAGGGCGACAUGUCUGUUGCAGAUGAUUUGGCUGAUGAUGUGAACGAUGAUGACACAGCGAUGGGUGGCGCUUUGAAGGGCCGGAUACAACAAAUGGAUACAAUGGUAGUUGACGGUAGCGAUUACGAAGACGAACUCGAUCAACAGCUUGAAGAUGACUAUGAGCGCUACAAGGAGCGAAAAGCCGAAAAGAAUCCCAAGCUUAGAGCCAAAAAGGCGCGACAAGAGUUCGAUGAAUGGCACGGUUUCGAUGGCAAGAACAAAGAAAAAGAUGAUGAUAUGUCAUCGGAUUCUGAUGACAGUGACAAUGACGACGAAGCCGAGGAGCAACAAGAGUCAAGCGAUGAAGAUUCGGAUAUUGAGCUGCAGCAGAUUGGUGCAUUAAGCGACGACGAUGAUGAUGUUUCAACUGCACGGUCCGUCCAAAAGCGUAAGACUGGAAACUCGUUGUUAAAUGAUCUCGGUCACAAGGCUGCAAUGGCCAAACGUACAGCCAGCGGUUUGUCCACGUCAGCAUCCAUGUUUUUCGACAGUGAUAUUUUCCAAGGCAUUGAUGGAUUGGAUGAGGAAGAUGAAGACGAUAGUAGCGAAGAAGAAAAGGAUACGCUACAAGCUGCCAUUGGUUCGAGAAAGCGGAAGGCUGAAGAGGAGUUACAACCUGAAGACGAGGACAACGAGGAUGACGAAGAAGAGAGCGACUUUGAAGUUGUACAAGAAGAUGACGAAUUUGCGGAUUCGGAUGACGAAAUGUGGAAUGGCGUAGAGGAUGAAAACUCAAAGGCUGUCAAGCGUGCUAAAGAGAAGGGUUUGGUUACCCCCGAAGCCGUGACAUUGGCUCUUCAAUUAGCUAACCGGGAAAAGACCAAGGCUGAUCUAAUCGAUGAAGGAUUCUCAAAAGAAGCAUUCCGGGACAAGACGGGACUCCCAGAAUGGUUUUUGGAUGACGAGGGCAAGCACAAUAAGCCCCAUUUACCAGUAACCAAGGAGGCCGUCAAGGCACUUCGAGAGAAGCUCAAGGCAUUGGAUGCUCGACCUAUCAAGAAGAUUGCUGAAGCCAAGGCCCGUAAGAAGAUGAAGAUGGCUAAGCGUAUGGCCAAGGCUGCAAAGAAGGCCAACGAUGUCGCAGACAAUCCCGACAUGACUGAGAAAGAAAAGCUGCAGUCCAUCAAUCGCAUUGUGGGGCGCGCUAGCAAGAGCAAACCAAAGAAGGCCGUCAAGUUGGUUGUGGCCAAGGGUGCCAAUCGUGGUAUCAAGGGUCGUCCUACGGGUGUUAAGGGCAGAUACAAGAUGGUGGAUUCUGUAAUGAAGAAAGAACUGCGUGCUGAAAAACGGCGAGAAAAGAAAAAGAAGAAGGGUGGUCGUAGAAAGUAACAGAAGCAAUCAGUCUUUUGUGUUUUUUUUACCCGCUUAUCUCAUUCAUAACAGUUUUCUCGCCAUCAUUACUUACACACACGCAUACGUAAUAUUCUUCACCGCACACUGUUUUUUUCAUCACAUAUCAACAAACACAUCUCAUCACUCAACACCUUCAAAAGAAAAAAAACCCGUCUGUACUCUAGUAAUCUCUUGUUAUUUUGCAUGUGUUACAGUUUUCAAUUCGCAUUAUAUUUUUUAUUCAUAUAUACUUAUUUUUGCUUUAUUAUAAAACAUAUCUGGCAGUGGUAUAUGGAUGAUAAU